CUACUGAAACAAAAGGCAAAUAGUUCCAACGAGUCCCUCUCUACGUGUCAACAAUACACCAAAAAGAAGCAUCCAUUCAAAGCCAGAAAAAGCCAAGUCCCAGCUAUCAACGGAAACAUGAAUGUGGUAAAGGCUAAAUCCACAAAUAAAACAGACAGUGGUUCUGCUAAAGAUAAUCCUCCUUCGGCUAAGCAAAAAUCCAAGAGGGUUACAACAGAUAAGAAUUUAAAUGGCACCAAAAAUGAUGGAAAAGGCUGCAAAGAAAAAAAGAAAAAUAGCAAUAUUGUAAAGGAGAAAGGUGACAUAAAACAUAAGAGGAGGAAAGCUGAAGAACAUGUGGAGGUGGAGCAGCAACCCAAAGAGCCUGAAAUCUGGUUCGAUGACGUUGAUCCAAAAGAUAUUGAAGCAGCAAUAGGACCUGAAGCAGCAAAAAUUGCUAGAAGAAACAUGGGACUUGACACAGGCCAAUCCAGACAGUCUGUGGAGCAGGUGCUGGUUAAAGAAAAGGCUUCUGAAGGGCUGACACGAGCUGUAGCCAUGGACUGUGAGAUGGUGGGAGUGGGACCCAAGGGUGAAGACAGUAUUGUGGCUCGUGUGUCCAUUGUGAACCAAUUUGGAAAGUGCAUUUAUGACAAGUAUGUCAAGCCUACAGAAAAGGUGACUGAUUACAGAACAGCUGUUAGUGGCAUACGCCCUGAGAAUAUAAAUACAGGUGAAGAUUUUAAAACAGUUCAGAAGGAAGUUGCUGACAUCUUGAAUGGAAGGAUUUUAGUUGGACAUGCUUUACGCAAUGAUCUAAAGGUCCUAUUUCUUGAUCAUCCUAAGAAGAAAAUACGUGACACACAAAGAUACAAGCCUUUCAGACAGAGAGUCAAGAGUGGACGGCCAUCACUGAAACUGCUCUGUGAGAGACUGCUGAAUGUGCAAGUGCAGACAUCAGAGCACUGCUCGGUUCAAGAUGCACAAGCAGCUAUGAGACUGUACACCUUAGAGAAAAAGAAAUGGGAAGCCGGUAUUAAGAACAAAUCUAACAACAAAAAUUGUAAAACUUGA